AUUGAUUUAUGCAAGAACAAAGAAGGACAAUUCAGGCCUACCUCCGUACGGCGCUUAAAAGACAAACUAGGUGGCAAAGAAAACUAUGAAUUAGGCAAGCUAGCCCAGAUUUCGCACCUUCGGAUGUGUCAAACGAAAGCAGCACUCGAAAUACUGCUAUCCGUGCAGUCAGGAAUUUCUCAUCCUUCCGAUGCGCCACACACGAGAGAAAUAGGGAAAAUAGGAACUCAGCAGCUAGAAGAGCUCUCUCAAAAGAUUUUUCGGGAAGGAGAGUCCCUAACUUUAAUACUACAUAUACUCGGAGUCCUGGUAUGAGUAUUAUGGUGAGACCGAGUAUGCUUCCUGACAAGAGACUAACUCAGGUGUCUCCAAUCGUGUUACAAAGGCCUGGUCUAGCUCUUAAGACAAGAGAUAGCUCGUUCACCACUGCUUUCCAUAACAAUAUUGUUAAUUUUAAUAUGGACCAAUUAAGAUUAAUGGAAAAUAUCGAACAGAAAGUUAGAAGAGCCAAACAAGCGAGGUUUUCCGGAUUUUGCUCUCCUGGAGCUCUUCGAUCAAUAAGGCUUUCUAAAGCCAUCAGGAAGAAACCAAUAAUUCCUCAGCAAGGUGAGUCUCCUGUACGGGUAAAUCAGAAGAAGAGGGCCAGCAAACUUUUAUUCCAACAAAGAGUGGCCAACAACAUGUUUAAAAGAACUAUGGAUUAGUAAUAAUCAUUAUAAGCUAAAUUUGUGA